CAUUAACACGCAUGCGCACUAAAAGUGCCCUGAGGAGGGGGACGCCAACGCGCAGGCGCACCUAACAGUGUGGCGGCUGCACACGCGCAGUGAGCUGCUGUUAGACCACGGAAAAGGAACGGCAGCUGCGUGCGCGCGCGCACCUUUGUGUGGAUAACAAUAAAGUGUUUCCUUCUCAGGUCUGUUAGGGAGUUCUUAUAUAACACAGAACACCAUGGCCUCAGCUUCUAAAUCCUUCCUCGCCGAUGCUGGCUAUGGAGAGCAGGAGCUUGACGCCAACUCCGCCCUCAUGGAGCUGGAUAAAGGACUUCGAUCUGGCAAGCUGGGGGAGCAAUGUGAAGCUGUUGUCCGUUUUCCAAGACUCUUUCAGAAAUAUCCAUUCCCGAUUCUAAUUAACUCAGCAUUUUUAAAGCUAGCUGAUGUUUUCAGAGUUGGAAACAACUUCCUGCGGCUCUGUGUUCUGAAAGUUACUCAGCAGAGCGAAAAACACUUGGAAAAGAUCCUGAAUGUGGAUGAGUUUGUGAAAAGAGUUUUCUCGGUUAUUCACAGCAAUGAUCCAGUUGCUAGAGCGAUCACACUGAGGAUGUUAGGCAGUAUGGCAUCCAUAAUCCCAGAAAGGAAGAAUGCACAUCACAGUAUUCGCCAGAGCCUGGACUCCCAUGACAAUGUAGAAGUUGAAGCUGCCAUCUUUGCUGCAUCUAAUUUUUCUGCCCAGUCAAAAGAUUUUGCUGGAGGGAUCUGUAACAAAAUCAGUGAAAUGAUUCAAGGUUUAGCCACUCCUGUAGACUUGAAGCUGAAGUUGAUCCCCAUUCUGCAGCAUAUGCACCAUGAUGCCAGUCUGGCCUCCAGUGCCCGUCGCCUACUCCAACAACUGGUGACAUCCUACCCUUCCACCAAGAUGGUCAUUGUUACUCUACACACCUUUACCUUGCUUGCUGCCUCUUCUUUGGUUGAUAUUCCUAAGCAGAUACAGCUCUUAUUGCAAUACUUGAAGAAUGACCCAAGAGAGGCUGUGAAGAGGCUUGCUAUUCAAGAUCUAAAGUUACUUGCAAAUAAAACCCCCCAUACAUGGAAUAGAGAGAAUAUUCAGGCACUCUGUGAAUCUGCUCUUCAAACGCCGUAUGACAGCUUGAAACUAGGCAUGCUGUCUGUAAUUUCCACACUGUCGGGAACAAUAGCUAUCAUACAAUACUUCAGCAUUGCUCCAGGAACAGCAGCUUCUACAGCAAGAUCAUCUGAUCUAGUCAAACUAGCACAAGAAUGCUGUUACCAUAAUAAUCGGGGGAUUGCAGCUCAUGGAGUGCGAAUUCUGACAAAUAUAGCUGCUUCCUGCCAGGAAAAAGAUCUUUUGCCAUUGGAGCAAGAUGCAGUCUUUGGCCUCGAAUCCCUUCUUGUUCUUUGUAGCCAAGUCAGCAGUCCAGGUACUCAAGCAACUUUAAAGAUAGCACUCACUUGCAUGGUGAAGCUAGCCAAGUGUCGCCCCCAUCUGAGCCAAUCCAUUGUUGAGUCCUUGUUGACACAGCUGCACAGUUCUCAAGAUGCUGCCAGGAUCCUCAUGUGUCAUUGCUUGGCAGCUAUUGCCAUGCAGUUACCGGUCUUAGGAGAUGGAAUGCUGGGAGACCUCAUGGAUCUCUAUAAAGUGAUUGGAAGAUCUGAGUCUGAUAAACAGCAAGAGCUUUUGGUCUCUCUUGCUACUGUGAUAUUUGUUGCCAGUCAGAAGACUUUAUCUUCUGAAGUUAAAACUGUUAUCAAACAGCAGCUUGAAAAUGUAUCCAAUGGAUGGACAGCUUAUAGGAUAGCCAGACAAGCUUCUAGAAUGGGUAACCAUGGCAUGGCCAGAGAGCUGUAUCAAACCUUGCUGACUCAGGUGGCUUCAGAACACUUCUACUUCUGGCUAAACAGUUUGAAGGAGUUCUCCCAUGCAGAGCAGUGCCUAACAGGGCUGCAAGAUGAUGAUUAUAGUUCAGCACUUUCUUGCAUUGCUGAGUCACUAAAAUCUUAUCACAAAGGAAUAGCCUCUUUAACGGCCGCCAGCACGCCCCUUAACCCUUUGAGCUUUCAGUGUGGGUUUGUCAAACUCCGGAUUGACCUUCUUCAGGCUUUCUCUCAGCUCAUCUGCACCUGUAAUAGCCUGAAGACUAGUCCCCCACCUGCCAUUGCCACAACCAUUGCCAUGGCCUCUGGUAGUGACCUUCAACGGUGUGGGCGCAUUUCCAACCAGAUGAAGCUGUCUAUGGAAGAAUUCAGGAACCUUGCGGCAAGAUAUGGAGAUCUCUAUCAAUCAUCAUUUGAUGCAGACUCUGCAACUCUGAGGAAUGUGGAGCUACAACAGCAGAGUUGCUUAUUGGUAUCUCAUGCAAUUGAAGCCCUGAUUUUAGAUCCUGAUUCUGCAAGUUUUCAAGAAUAUGGCUCUGCUGGAGUGGCACAUGCCACAAGUGAAUAUGAAAGAAGAAUGAUGUCUGUGUUCAGUCAUGUGUUGGAGGAAGUGGAAUCACUGAACAGAAAAUAUGCACCAGUAUCUUACAUGCACACAGCUUGUCUAUGCAGUGCAGUCAUUGCCUUGCUGAAAGUUCCCUUGUCAUUUCAGAGGUAUUUUUUCCAGAAGCUUCAGUCAACUAGCAUUAAGCUUGCCUUAUCACCAUCUCCCCGUAACCCCGCUGAGCCCAUUGUAGUUCAGAAUAACCAGCAACUGGCGUUAAAGGUGGAGGGAGUAGUCCAGCAUGGCUGCAAACCAGGCCUUUUCCGCAAAAUCCAGUCCAUCUGUCUGAAUGUAUCUUCAACACUUCAGAGCAAAUCUGGACAAGACUACAAGAUGCCCAUUGACAGCCUGACAAAUGAGAUGGAGCAGAUGGUUGAGCCUCACAAUGAUUACUUCAGCACACAGUUCCUAUUGAACUUUAUUAUUGUUGGCACCCAUAGCAUUACAGUAGAGUCCUCUGUUAGAGAUCUCAAUGGCAUCAUAUGGAAGACUGGGCCAAAAACCACUCUGUUGAUUAAGUCUCUUGAAGAUCCAUACUCCCAGCAAAUUCGACUUCAGCAACAACAAGGGCAGCAGCCUCCACAGCAGCCUCAGCAACCUCAGCCACAGCAAAGAACUGCAUAUUCCCGUUUUUAAUACUCCAAAGUACUCUUGUCACUCAUGGGCCCAAGUCAAAGACAUUCCUUUUAUUUGGAUGCUCUCAUUUCCCACGCCUAUUCCCCACGAUGGCCUUUUUUCUUUUCUUUUCUUUUGAGGUAACUACAAUAAUCUUCACUCCCCUUUGUUUUUCUUUGGCCCAGUUCACACCUGUAAAAUGCAGCACAAUUACUGAAACACAGUCAUGAUGAGGCACUCCACAUGGCUGGUUAAAUGAAGUGGUUCUGCUCACAGUUCCAGCAACUUCCACCAUGCCACUGAUACUGCAUUGGCAGUGGUGUGGGGAAAAUUUUCUAAAAUUGAAUUAAUCCUUAGUUACAUACUUCUUCAGAUUUGUGUGACCCUAUUCAUAUGAAGAUAUCACUAAGGGCAUGAGAGGGUUGAAUCCAUUUUAGAUGGCUUUGUCAUACAUCCAGCUCUUCUUGUCAUCAUUCAGCACAAGUUUUGGAAUGGUGUAAUGAGCUAAAAUCUGGUCUCACUACAUAGUCCAGCCAUCACUUCUGUCCUUUUCGUGCACCUCGUAACCAGCAUUCCACCACACAAAAAAAGAUCAUGUGAACUGGUCCUUUAUGAAGGCCACUUUAGAGCUAUUCUUAUUCCAGGCUGUAAUUAGUUCCCCAUCCAUGCAUCUUCAUGUGUACCUCAUUAGUGACAGCUCCCUCUUGGAAGGCAGUGGCAGAGUUUGCACAUAGAAUGACGUGCAAAUGUGGCCAGGUAAUGAGCAAGGUAGUCUGUAAAAAUUGCCUGGGUUGCAUUCCACCAUGUUUCUUUGAGUUAAUCUAGUUGCCACUUUCCAAGGAGCAAGAAUUUGAAUGCUACUCAAAUCAAUCUCUCAAAUCAGAUUGGAUUUUUAUGUACUGUAUGUAAAACACUUUUCCUGAGUGUUAUACAGUGCAUCUACAAAUGUAAAGUUUGCACAAAUGUCCAGACAUUCUGGCUGGAUAAUUGCAAGUAAUCAUUUUGAAUGUUGCCAAACUAAAGAGUUUUGGGUAUCAUUCCAAAUAUCAACAAGAUAUUCUUUAUGCCUUUGAAUCUCAUGGCUGCUCAUUUUUGUUUUCUGUAUAUAAAAAUGCUCAAGAGAUGCCAACUAGGAAACAAGAGAUUAUCUUGCUUUAUAGGAAAAGACAUUUCAGUUAGGAUUGGGUCCCCGUCCUGUCCCCAUCACUCAAGAGACAUAGAUUGAAAGGUUAGAAAGAGUUGUGAUAGAAAGUUGAAAAAUUAGAAAAGCUUGUGUUAUAACAUUUUUAAAAAAAACAUCAUUGUAGAGGGAUUGUGCAUUCAGAAUUUUGUGAUUGCUUUUAAGAGGUUUUUUUUGAAGAGGCAACUCACACUAAAGCAAAAUGUGGUUGGAGGGGCAACACAGGAUCCAAUGCCUGUACUCUUUAUCUAAGAGGGUAUAUACUUUGUAUGGUUUUAUGAGUCGUUUCAGUAGAGUGAGGAGACUGACAAAGAAGACCUCAGAACCUGGGCUCUCCCCUACCUCCUGUCUCUGCAUCACAGGAUCAUCUGUCAUCAGUUCCUCUGUGGGAAGGAUCCUGAUGACUUUUUAUAUGUAUGUUUUGUGGCUUUUAAAAAUGCAUUUUACCGUUGCCUGUAAAGGUGCCUUGGAAGGAUUUGGUAUCCUGAAAGGCAGAAUAAAAAUAAUUUUAGUAGUAAUAAUUUCUUGCUCCAUUCUGUACAAGAGUCCUGAAUGGAAGGCCUCCUUCCAUUAACUACUGUGUGAAAAAGACUGAUGUAAACUAAAGACAGAGUAACAAAUGUAAAGAAAGCUAGUGGAUCUGAGUUGCUGAAAUGGGCAUACGCUAUAACUGGUUUGUGGAUUGUAUGCUAUAGCUAUGCAGGAAGUAAUUGACUUUGCAUUCUCUUACUGGAUUUGCAAUGUAUUGACUCCUCUUGUUUUCAGAUGCCAGUAUCUCACUCAGCUCUUGAGGAUCCAAGUAUGAAGGCUGAAUGUUUUUUCACUGAAAAUGCCAUGAGUUUGGAGGAUAAU